CUGGCAGACAGUGUGGCGAGCGCUCUAAUGUAAUCACAUUCACGCUGUACCGUACAUUAUUACAACCGUGCGAAUGAAAAUCCGAUCAGUUGUCGAUAGUCAGUGCGAGAGAAAGCAUCGCCGUGUUACCGCUCUUCUUAACACGAUAAUUAUCAUAUUGUGAAUUAAUGUGUUGUCUAAAUAAGAGACUUAAAACAGUAAAGAGUAAAUCGGACUUUAAUUUCAAAUUAAUUUGAAAUACACGGACAAGAAUUGGACAUUAUUGUUUUGUGUCUGUACAUUGCGUUUUAAAUAAAACGCGACUAAAAGACGCAUAUAUACGUGCGAUUUUAUUUAAUAUGGUAUUUUAAUUGAAAGUCCAGUUUUUAUUGUGUGUGUCAAUCGCUGUUGGACUAGUGAAAUAAAGGCAAGUGACAAUGGAUAAUUUAGAAAUAUAAUACUCUGCGUAACACAUACCAGGAAUUGAUAUUGAUGAAGUGAUACAAUGGCGUUAGAAUUGACAGUUCGCCAUCGGAAUGUGCGGUCGCCUCUGUUAGUGGUCCCCACUCCGGAUUUAAAACUUUACAAGAGACAAAUCGGCUCUGACUCCGAAUUCUCCUCGUCGGACACCCCGAGAAAGAACAAGCGGAAGCUGAGUGAACCGAAGCGCAGAACCACUGACUUUAGCAUUAAACGCUUGUGUCCGGAUAGUCCCGGAAGCGCGUGCUCGGAAAGUGGGCGGAGCGAGGAGUCUACACCAGAGCGCGUGCACGAAGACUCGCGCGACUCCGGGGACACCACCAGCCCUGAUCUCAACCUUGACAAAGACAGGCUGCACCCUCACCAUCCUCACCUGCGGCCGCCCUUCAUGUACCCCGACUUCCGGCAUCAUCCUUACGUCUUACCGCCAUUUUAUUAUGGACAGUUUCCUCCCGGUUUACCGGCAACGGCGCCUCAUUUACCGCCGGGGUUUCCGGCUUUCAGUGCCGGUGGGUUGCCGACAAUACCAAGUUUUGGUGUCCAUGGACAUUUAAUGCAGCAUAAUACCCAUAAUUCUAGUCAAGAAGAAACCAGCAGAUCCACUUCACCUCCGCCAUCUCCGACGCCGGUGUCAACGUCCUCGCCGUCCAAACACCGUGUGUCAAAGAAAAAAGACAAUCGUAAUAAUUUUAAUACAAGAAACUCAGAAUGUGACCUGAGCCCUAAACCCUCUCAGUCGGACGAUGAGACCGGAAGUAAUUUGAACAGUUCGCCGGAAAGUCCGAGAGACAGCAGCAACAGCCGGAAGUGCAGAAAGAACUAUAAAAACAUGACUCGUGAACGCCGCGUGGAGGCGAACGCACGAGAAAGGACACGUGUUCAUACUAUUAGUGCAGCGUUCGAUGGCUUGCGCCGCGCGGUUCCGUCCUACUCGUACAACCAGAAACUUUCCAAGCUCGCCAUUCUUCGGAUCGCGUGCAGUUAUAUAAACGCUCUGAGCAAGCUGGCGGACUCGGAUAUUUGCAGUCCCCAGAUGAAGGACGUGUCGUUUGCGGAGUGUGUGGACUCGUGUACACGGACCAUUCAGACAGAGGGCAAGGCCCGACGCCGACACUAGGCAUCCCAUCGACACCCCUAUCUUGCACGCGGUGGAGUUAUGUUGUCACCUCCGCCAGUGUUCUGUUCUCUUGUUGCUACAUUACACACUUUAUAAAUGUAAUGGAACUUCUGGCAAAACUGUGAUCUCGGACAAAACACUCUUCAAGUUUCCAGUUUGAAUGUUACAAAAUAUUGCGUAUAAAUGUUGUUGUUUUGUAUUACAAAAGAUCAGGAUAUAAGACUCAGAAAGAAAAACGUUUAUUCUUAAUUUAAAUUAAAAAAAUCCUAAAAACACUUCAAUUUAUAGUGUUGUUAUUGAUUUGGAAUACAAUUAUUGAAAUAUGUGAAGUAAACUGAUAAUGUUUGAUAAGUGUUUUAUGUUGCUAUUUUUGUAUCUAGUCAGUUAUUUGUAUUUAAUUAAACCGCUCAUUAUUUUUUGAGAAAAUCGCUUCUUAACUUUUAGAGAUGUACAAUAUAAGAUAAUAUCUCUUAGUUUGUAACUGUUAGGAGGGUAAAUGACAUAUCGUGUGCUUUAUAUUUAAGGGCUAACCUCAUAACUGUAACUACAUGUAUUGUAAAGUUCUAUUUUACAACUUGUCGAUUGUUCAUAAACAGCUUUUGGUGCAAGAUCCAUUUCAAAUGCUAUAUGUUAAUGUGUAGGUUUUAUCUAUAUUUAUAUCAAACGCUGCUGAAAAAUCCCGGGCUAUUUUAAGUUCGAUUAUUGGCCACUUUUCACGACGCGUUAAAACUCAUGUCUCCCAUGGAUAAAAUUGCUCGAGCUUUCAAGCCAUCUGGCCGCGCGGGAGAUUGUUUAGUGGCACGCAUUGAAAUCCUACUGGCGACAGAAAGUCUGCGGAUUAAAAUUGAUUAUAACCCCAGCGUGCCGCGAAGCAUUAACAUUUGUAUCCUCUUUUUUAGUGUUAAAAGUAACAAAUACACACUGUCGUUUUUACUUUUCCAAAUGUAAGUUCAGUUUGACAAAAUUAAAAUAAACAUUAUGAAAUAUAUGUUAAUUGUGAGUAAACGCUAUUGUGUUAAUUAUACCGUAUCAGAUGCAUAUAUUUUAUGUUCAAUGGGGUUGUUACUUGUUAUGUUUGGGGACAUUAUUUGAGGGUUCAAGAUGAACAAAACAUGUUCACUUCAUAUUCUAUACGUUUAUUUUGUUGCGUUACGUUCAAAUCACAAAAAAAAUGGUUCUUGAAGAUCGUUGCAUAAUUUGAAAACGAUUUGUCGUAAGAUUCGAGUAUUAAAAUGUUAAAUUAAAAUCGAAAAUAGU